UCUUUUCUUAAUUUAGUUCUAACUUAUCCCUACAUCUCUCAAAUGGAAGAGGAACGUAUACUGAGUUCCGCAAACGGUUCUGCAUCGUCAUAUGCUCAAAAUCUUGCUAAAGUGUUAUUUGCCAAUACCCUUGACCUCUAUUUUAAGGACCAAGAUCCUGGCAAGCGACAGUGGAUACAUAAAGCCGUCGAUUUCCGUUUUCCAUCUAAGGAUCGGAGUGCUCAGCUGAUGAAGUGGAAAAAUUGUUCAUCGGCUAUCAACAAGAAUAUGCGCAUGUCUGAGCGUGGUCCGGGUGAAAAGCCUAGGCAGAAAGAAAGUAAGCCUUAUUCUGACUUUAAUCAACGAUUUCAAAUUAGAGAAAGACAUUUAGUUGAUUGUAAGUACGUAUCUGCGGAAUAUGAAGAAGAGUGUUAUCAGAAAGCACAAAAGGAUCCAGUGAAAUAUGCGGAGUUCUUAUCUUUGAAACUUUUCGAAGGGUCAUGGGACAAGUACUUCAAAGAUCAGGAUGUUAAGUUGAAAGAUUGGUUACGUCAGUGUAUAGAUCGGAGGUUUCAUCUCAGUGAUAAGUCUAAACGUGACGCAAGAUGGAAGGUGUGUGCAGCAGCCUGUAACAGAAACAGAACGAAAAUCAUCGGUGAUGACGGGAAAGUUAAUGAGUAUCCCUACUUCCCCAAAGAAGAGGAGGAGGAAUGCUUCCGUGCAUCGAAUGGCGUGCCUCAUGUAUAUGCUGAAGCGAUGGCGAAGUUACUUUUCCCUGAUACUCUUCAUUUAUUCUUCAAGGAUCAAGAUGCUGGGAAGCGUAACUGGCUGCACGAUAUGUUGGACCAUCGAUUCCCAACAUCCGACAAAUUGCAUAGAGUUGCCAAAUGGAAGUCUUGUACAGUUGCGAUCAAUAAAAAUAUGAUCAUUAUAUUUCACAAUCUAAUUAUAAUCUUGAAUAUGAAUGUGAACAGUAUAGUGAAUAAUCUUAUAGGACCAAUUGAGUCAAAAGCUUCGUCGCCUGUUGAGAAAUCCUCGGAAAAAAAGGAUGUUACGGGUAAAUAUUACUUUUCAGCAGAGCCUUAUACUUCGUAUCCUUUCGUGUCCGAGGAGGAUGAAAUUGAGUGCUUUGAGUCAAGCAGGAAGGAUGUCGAGGUUUAUGCGAGAUCACUGGGUCGAUUGCUAUUCAAAGAUACUAUUAAGAUGCUGUACAAGGAUCAGGACGAAGAUCGCCGAGAAUGGUUAAAGGAUAUUCUGAACUUCCGUUUUCCAACAAGAACAGUGGCUGAAACGAAGAGUAAGAUGAGCUACGCAAUCUCUGCUAUAAACAGGAACGCAUUAUUAAACCGCUAA